AUGGACCUGAAGGCGGACGCCAAAGUACCCUCUACUCCAAAGAGUCGUGUAGUGGUUACAGAAACACCAAAGUUUGAUCUCGAUUCAUACAUCGCUAAUUAUGCCGGACGCACAAGAUACGCGCGGCUCUAUCUCAUCGGCACAUCCUCGAAAGUACUUGCAACAGAAGCUCUGAAAGCGGCGGUAGCGGAAGCGAAGGCCGGGAAUGAUGUACAAAGAUACAUGGAUGCCGUGGCUGCAUUAAGGCCUCAUCUUACACCAGGCGAUCCAGAUGGUGUCAUCGACCGGUCUUGGGUUGAGCGGAAAGAGAAGCAGAACAAGGCAGAGUCGAGCCGACUGGAGGCAGAGCUAAAAGGCUACAAAAACAAUCUCAUCAAAGAGAGUAUCCGCAUGGGUAACGAAGACCUUGGAGCACACUAUCAUGCCAUAGGAGACCUUACCUCUGCCACCAAAGCGUAUGGUCGCAUGCGAGACUACUGCACCACUCCAGCACACAUUGCUUCGACUUCCUUCCGUGUCAUCGAAGUGGCCAUCGACCAGAAUAAUUGGCUAGCCGUGCAGUCGUCGGUACAUAAAAUUCGUAACAUCCAGCUCAAACCCGAUGACCACGCCAAAGCUCAACCCAAAACCCAAGCCGCCAUGGGACUCUCCCAGAUGCAUGCUGGUGACUACCGAGACGCAGCCAUCAGCUUCCUCAAUACCGACCCAUCCCUGGGCGACAAAUACAACGAAGUCCUCACCUCCAACGACGUAGCCGUCUACGGCGGUCUGUGUGCCCUCGCCUCCAUGAGCAGAGAAGAACUCCAAGCGCAGGUCUUAGAAAACACCACCUUCCGGAAUUUCCUGGAACUCGAGCCCCACAUCCGGCGCGCCAUCAAUUUCUUCUGCGCCGCCAAAUACACGCAAUGUCUCAGCAUCCUCGAAGCCUACCGCGCCGACUACCUCCUCGACCUCCACCUACAGCGACACCUGGUAAAAAUCUACGGUCGCAUCCGCACCAAAUCCAUCGUCCAAUACUUCGCCCCUUUCUCCCAUGUCACCCUGGACUCCAUGGCCCGAACGUUCGCAAGUCAGGACCGGUCCAACCCAGCGAUCGAGGACGAGCUGGUUCCAUUGAUCGCAGCUGGUACGCUGAAAGCCAAGAUUGAUCUUGAGCACCGCGUCCUCGUUGCCGACGAAGUCGAUUUACGUGCAGAGGUGCAUCGGGAGGCGUUCGAGAGCGUCAAGCGGUUCAAGAAGGAGGCUCAUCUGAAGCUGAUGCGCAUGGAAUUUUUGAAUGCCGGGUUGGAGAUCAAGGCGCCGCCCAGACAGGGCAUGGGAGGUGGAGGAGGAGGGUUUUCGAGCAUUGCAGGCGAUGUGUUGGCCGGUGCUGGUGCUGCUGGUGGAGGGGACAUGACCGGGUUGCAACAGCGUGGCCAGGGGUUGGCAAAGGACUCCUCCAGAGGUGCUGGGCUUGCUAGUGGUGGAGGUGGAGGUAGGAAACGAUGA